CACGGUGUUCGUCGCGGCGUUCGACACGUCGCAUUUAGUUUUUUCCGAAUAAUCGCGUCCAUCAGUACGAAGAAAGCAUUUCCCGCGGAACGAUCCGAGCCCCGGCAACUUCCGAUCGCGCCUUCAAUUCCGUGAGAUGGAAAUUGUUCGAAAUCGACCAGCGACAACCGAUUAAAAGAAUACCUUUCGAGAUGGAGCGUCGCAAGUGCAGUAUCUGCAUUUUAUUUCUUAUCGAUAUUCUCGCGUCGUAUUCAAUCGUUGCCAAGGAAUUAAAAUUGAACGUCGACUUUGGAAAGCCUGUCGCCGUCACCGACGAGAAGUUCCUCAGCCUCACGAUUGACCCAGCAGUCCUGUUGCAAGGUGCAGCGUUGAGCAGCAGCUUCGAGAGAAGCGUAAGAUUAGCGAACGCUUUGAGACCCGCCUACGUCCGACUGGGAGGACCACACGGUACAUUUUCUCGAUCCAGCGAUGGGGAUCUUCCAGAUAACGGGCUCGACAAGAACUAUGCGCUCUCAGAAUCCGAUUUGGUGAUAGCGUAUCAGUGGGCUGAGAAAGCUGGGCUGGACGUAGUCGCUUGUAUUUCGGCUGAAAGUACUGCUAGGGAGCACGAAAAUGCUGAGGAGGUAGUUUCUUUCAGUGACCACAUGGGUUUCAACGCUAGUUGGCAAUUGGGAUAUGAGUUCCAAAACGGGAUCAAUACUUCGGCAACGUAUCUAGCGAAACAAUUAGUAGCUCUCAAGCAGACGUUGGACGCAUUUCCCAGGUAUUCGAGCAGUUUGAUCAUAGGACCUGAUAUCGUGGAUUACAAAACGAAAAAGCAGAGGCAGUAUCUUCAAGAAUACUUCAACAUCGCUGCGCCUGCGCUCUCGGCGAUCACUUGGCACCCACAAUUUGACAACAUUAGCUCAGACAAUAAGGGAGUCCUUAUACAACCGGACGAUUUGGAUAAAGAUAAGAAGGAUCUGUACAAAGUUAUCGGCCGUUUCGUCGGGAAUCGACCGUUGUGGAUCGCUGAAUCGAAACCCGAGGAAUACAAGAACUUGUAUCUCGGCGCGCUGAUUUUGGCGAGGAGAUUAGGAAACGCAGCGAGGUCGAACGUGGACGUGAUCUUGAGGCAACCGGUGGACCUGACUCGGCCGAGUCCAGAUUACUGGGUGACCUUGCUCCACAAAACUCUCGUCGGCCGCCGAGUGUUCGGUGCGACGAUGCAGACCGACGAGAAGAAUCACGUGUACCUCUAUUGCCAAUGCACAAAAGCCUCGGACAGAUACAAGCAAGGAUCGAUCACUAUUUUCGGAGUGAACAUCAACCCUGAAAAUAUGGAAAUUAAAUUAGAAGGGACUCCAAUGACGACGGUUCACGAAUAUCUCCUUUCUCCGGGUUUCGACACGACGAAUAGGAUGUUCGCUGAGAGCAUUCUAUUAAAUAAUGAGACCUUGACACUGUUAAAUGAUAGUCUCCCCGAGAUUAAACCAGUCAUUUUGAAUGAUACGGAGGGACUAGGAAUUAAUUUCCCUUCGGCGAGCAUUGGAUUCUGGGUCCUACCGGAUCUCAAAAUAAAGUCCUGCAUGGAGACUGACGAGUCGCUCGAAAAAGAUACCAUUGAAAGCACAAUUUAUGAUCGAGGGAGCAUAAAAACUCACGUGACAAGAUCCGUGCAAGACGAAGAGGAAUCUAGGGACGACAGAAGGAAACUGAGAAACGAAUCUCGAGCGAACAGGAGACGCACAGGCAGAAGACAAGGUAGACCAAUGAAUGAUCAGAAUUCCCAAGAUCAGUCGAAGCUACAAGAGCACAAAGACCGCUUGUCCAAAUUGAAGCAAAUAGUCAGAUCAAAAGCAACGAAGGAAACAGUGAAACGUGCACUCGAAGAAAUAAUCCUCAAAGCUACGUCACUGAUAUCCAAGAUCCAGCGAGCCAGAUCAUCCGAUAAGGCGAAAGAGCACCUAAAAGCUUUAGGACUUCUCCUAACUCGUGUACCAUUGUUAGAAUUGGAUGCAGCAGGAGCUGGAGACGUCCAAAGGACUAAAAGAGCAAGAAGAGACUUGUUCAGCGAAUCCUUUUUCGACAGACAAAACGUUCCUGGAGAAGUAGCUAGAUUGGGCGAAGUCGGAGGGCUCAGAAAUAGUCAGAAGGUGGAAGAGAACAUUCGUAGCAAAGUCAGAGCUAGUGUCUUUGAUCGAACCAGUGAAAACGGUGAGAACGCUUUCUAUGGAUCCCACAGGACUAAUCCUGUAGACAGUUUCCCUGAAGGCGACGUUUUCUAUGGCACAGAGGACUAUAAUCAGAACCCUAGCUAUCUGAAAGCGGUCCAAGGACCCAAUGAUCGAAACAGUGAAAUGAAUGGAAGGAACCAGCAUCCUGUACAGGAUUACGGUAAUGUUAAAGGCAGUUGGAUGGACGAAGAAGGUGACUAUGGCUUCUACGAGCCUGAAAGAUACUUCGAUAAUGAGAAGAGGAACGACAGGACUGGUCCUGGUGAACUUUGGGAAUCUGAGACUUACCCUGAUAAAAGCAGAGGGGUUAAUAACGAGAAUCUAAGAGUUCAAAGUGGUAGACAGAGUCCGAGUAAAUUGACUGGGUACUACGAGUCUAACGUUCCAAGGAAUUUCAGAAACAGAGGUUCUCUUGUUCAGUCUAGUAUCGAUAAACCAAUUUUGGCUACUGGCAGAGCUUCUUGGGGAUCAAAUGGAGCUAGGUUUGUUGAUCGGGGUCCUAUGAUGUUCGACUACUUGGACACAGAAUUGCCACUGGGAAGCGAGGAUCCUGUAGGUAGAAGAUUCAAGAGAAAGGGAAAAGACCUGCGCGCCAUAUUGGACCAAGAGAUGAUCGACGAGGACGAUGCUAAUACGAAAGAUUGCAACUGUAGAGUCAUUAGACAUGGACCAUGUGGCUGCAGACAUAAACGAGACGCGUCUAACCUAGAAAUCGCUUCUGAGGAAGAUGAAACGACAGAUUCGAGAACUGACGAUGCGAGUCCAGGUUCAGAAGAAAUCGAAGUGUUUGCUGAACUAGGGGACGAGCCUAUGGAGGUCUUAGCACUGAAGCCAGACCCAUCCAAGAAGAAAAUUGCGCGAGAAAUAGUUUCUUUGGAUGAUGAACCAGGUCCUCUAGAAGAUGUGGGUGGUUUGAUGCUGCAACCAGAGCUGUCUAAUUUGAAAAUUGCACGAGAGGCAGAAAUAAAUCCUUUGAACGAUGAACCAAGUUCUCCGGGGGAUCUAGAGGUCUUGGAACUGCAGCCAGAGGACUCUAACUUACAGAUUCAACGGGAUGUAGAAGCGUAUCCACAAAGUGAAGAGCACCUAGAGAUUCAAGAACCAGAAAUCGUUGACAUUGACGUAGAUAACCCUUCUUUAAACAGGGAACUAGUUCCUGCAGAGGGUUUAGACGAGUCGCGGGUGGCAGAAACGUAUAUGCAAAGUAAAGAAGAUUCAGAUCUACAGGAAACCGUGGACGAUCCCUCUUUGAAUGACGAAGAAGGUUCUCCAGCAGAUCUAGAGGUCCUGGAAUCUAGCCCAGUGUCCACAGGCUCUCUAUUAACACAGAGUCUCGACGAGGACAGCAAAACAGCAGUUCGUAGGGACGGGAGCCAACUUUUUCGCGGUGAAUCCAGGAAAACCGAAGAAGAGGAGUCGUCGAUUGAUAAUCACGAGAAUACUGCAGGCAAUAACGCGAAUCAUGAGCGGGAUUCUGCGUCCUCGUCCACUGAGAAGCUCCUGGAGAAGGAGACCGAAGAAGCCGAAGCCUCGGGAACCGAAGCUCCGAGCCAGACAUUCGAUCCAGUCGUUUUAUCCAAGAAGAUCAUCGCCGAGGGGCACGAAUACGAUUACGAUAACGAUAAGGUUGCCAGAGGAGGGUCGAAGAGGCAAGCAGACGAAGACGCCUCGCCGACAGUACCUGAAGAAACCGAGGAAGAACGCGAAAGUCCGGUAGUGGGGUCGCCAAGGGGGAGAAAAUAUAGACCAAGAUACUCCCCGAGCAGAAGAAGUAAAGCCAACGUGGCGACACCGUCUGAGAAACGUGUGAUUGACCGAGCGAAAGCACUGUUGACCCUGAAGAAGAUCAUGAACGAGAGGAGGAGGAGGAAACAGGCGGAUUUGGCUGGUAGGGUAGGUUCAGCCGGCAGAAUUCGUGAAUAUCAGAAUGAACCAGAGCGAAGUGAGAAGCUGAGGAAGAUGAAGGAAAGAAGGCAGAGAUUGUUGCAGCAAUAUAGGAGAAGAGCGUUAGACGAUGAAGGGAAGAGGAAGCUGAACGAGAAGAUUCGGGAAGCCAUUGAUGAAGAUAAACUGCCUUAUACGCUGAUGUACAAGGCGAAGAGGGACAACAAAGAAGGCGAAGAAGAGAAGAUUGAAGAGGAUGUUCCUGUGAGACCAAGGAAUGUUCGAGAGAGGAUUUUCCACCCUAAAAGUCGGAGGAUCUAUGAUUCUGAUAUUCUGGAACAUUCCAAUCCUCAGUCGCUACAGGAGAAGGUUAUUCGGUUGAGAGAUGUAUUAGAGAAUGGAGAUGCGAUAGAUGCUAAUGACGAUGCUGAUGGGAAUGAUAAGAGUUACUAUGCUAUGGUGGAGAGUUUAGAGAAUCCGCGGAUUUUCCAUUACAAGCCUAAGUCAUGGGAUAAAGAGAAGAGGAGUGUGCAGGUGUUCACCUACCCAUAUUUCGACAGCAACGGGGAUCUAUACGAUUUAUCUCGAUACAGGCCACGUCUCGUGGAUCCGGGAAUCUUCAGCGAUUCUAGCGAAGAAUUUGGAACAACUUCUGAGGAGCUGACAAGCAGCAAAGAGCUGUUCGUGAUCGAUCCGUCGAAGUACAGAGGAGGAGAGCCCACUUUGCAAGUAUACAGGCGUUCCAGAAACAGAGACUUAGAAAUAAUGCCCAAAGACGUGUACGAGGUAACGUGGGAGCCGAUUUUGUACAAAUUGCAACGUGCUCGUCAAGCGGAGCACAGGAAACGCGAAGACAAAAGUGCAAGCUCGACGGAAUCUACGGAAAACUCAGGGGACUUGCUGAAAGUUGUUAUCAACAAUCUAGAUUUACCGUCUGCCAGUGAACUUUUUAGGAUUCUGUCGACAGAGAACGUUGUUAACGAUGAAAAACGUAAUGCCAUGCGUUCGAUCAAAGGGCCAGAGAUAGUGGAGAUCAAACAGAACGGUUUUGAAGAGGUUCUAGAGAGUGCAGAGGAUGAGAAAGCUUCUGACGAGCAAGAAAAUGAAGAACGAAAAGAAAAUGGUGAAGAUUUGUCGAUGGAGAAGGAAGUAGUCAGCGGAGAGAGUAAUUCCUCGGAAAAUUUGGAUGAGACGGAGCCAGUGCAUGUUAGAAGUCGAAGAGACACGAACGAAGAACAGGAGAAUGAUUAUUCUCGCCUGGUUCCUUCGUGUUUCCUUCGGAAAUCACCGAGAGAAAUCAAGAAAAAUGGGAGAAGCAAUUACCUGUGUCUGAAAGAAGGUCCACAAGGGGAUUCUGACGAAGAUUCGUCGGAAGUCUUCAAGAUGAUGAAGAAAACGGAAUAUUAUAAAGCGGUGCCUGUUAAAGAAUCAAGAAACAAGGGUUACAGUGAAACGGGUCUCAGAAGAAACAAAAAUUCUCCGGAACUCGUGAAGAUUCUAAUUCCUUCGGAAUUGAGCGACGAAGCUUUGUCAACGGAAGCGGAAGAGGAUCCAGUAGUUAGCGAGAAAAAUCCACGAGAUCAAAAUGCACGGGGCUCAGUGGAAAAUAAUUCAGAAACUGGAGAACACGGAGAACGUUUUGAUUAUGGGGAAGAAAAUGUAUCGGACCAGGUGGAACGCUACAAUGCUGAAGAAAGAGACAGCGAAGAGCCUGAGGUGCUCAUGGUGCUGCCUUGGUCGCAAAGGUUCGGCAGACAUCGAAGAGAAGUGAAUCAGAAGAAAGAAAGAGAAGAAGAAAAUGCAAAGACAGAGAAGGUGCAACAAUUGGAGAAGACAUCGAGCCCGAAAGUCCCAACGACCGAUAAUUUCGUUGAGACCAAGGCAACGACGAUUCGUAAGCGGCCGUUGAAGAAGUAUUCGCCAAAAGGUAGCCUGUUCAAUUACCUAACGGGCAAGAAGAAUCCGCGGAAAGAUUUGAAGGAGGAUCGCGGACUGCCAUCGUUCAUCGAAGGAAGCAUACCGAGGAUGGAGAUCGUUGUAGUCGACGGUUUAAAGAAAGCUCAGAACGUGACGGGCUCCGUGGAGCGAUUGAUCGACGAUCUAGAUGAUAGAUUCAACGAGACGAUGAGCGACGAGGAUCGCAGAGGCUCGGCCGACGAUGAAUCGAUCGGUAUCACUCAACGCGCCUUCCGCACCGCCAUUACGAACGUGCAGAAAUUCUUCACGAUCCUGACCGGAAUCACGCACGCUCUGCGGGGAUAAUUAAUUCUAAGCUGUCAGUCGCGUUACCGUAAUUUAUACGAGAAUAUUUUAUAAAUUGUAAUAUUAAAUUUUCUACUGAUGUACGCUUCUUUUCUACGAUUCCGAAUAAAAUGGAAGUUAU